AUGAGUGAAGUCACCCCCCAGCGAUUCGACCCCAAGAACAUGAUCUACCGAAACCUUGGAAGCACUGGACUGCGAGUUCCCGUGUUCUCUUACGGUGGAUGGUUGACCGUCGGCUACAACCAGAAGGGCGAUAUCGUCAAGGAGUUGAUGCAGACGGCUUUCGACAGCGGUAUCAACAUGUUUGACAACGCUGAGAUCUAUGCUGCUGGCGAGUCUGAGAGCCAGAUGGGUCGAGUGAUUAAGGAGCUUGGCUGGGACAGGAGCGACAUCAUUGUUACCACCAAGGUCUUCUUCGGUACUGGUGACGCUGAGAAACACAACACCAGGGGUUUGAGCAGGAAGCACAUUGUUGAGGGUGUCAACAAGUCUCUUGCUCGACUCGGUCUUGACUACGUCGACAUUAUCUUUGCUCACCGACCUGACGUGACUACCCCCAUUGAGGAGACUGUCCGAGCUUUCAACUACCUCAUCGACAACGGCAAAGCCUUCUACUGGGGUACCUCUGAAUGGUCCGCCCACCAGAUCCAGCAAGCCAUCGAGAUUGCCAAGCGCCUCAACAUGGUCGGCCCCGCUGCCGAGCAGCCUCACUACUCGAUGCUUCACCGAGAGAGGUUUGAAGUCGAGUACGAGCCUCUCUGGCGAUACGAGCGUUUCGGCAGCACCAUCUGGUCUCCUCUCGACUCUGGUAUGCUUACCGGCAAGUACAACAACGGUAUUCCUAAAGACUCUAGGUAUCACCACAACCUUGGCAACGUGAUGGACUCGAGUAUCAAGGCACUCGAGACCCCUGAGGGCAAGGCGAAGAUUGAAAAGGUGAAGAAGUUGACGGAAAUCGCGGAGAGGCUCGGCGGGUCCAUGACUAGUCUGGCUUUGGCUUGGACCUUGUUGCACGAGGGUGUCUCCUCUUGUAUUCUCGGUGCCACCAAGCCCGAGCAAAUCAAGGAGAACGUCAAGGCUCUCGACAUCUUCCCCAAACUCACUCCUGAGAUUGCCGCCGAGAUUGAAAAAAUUCUCGACAACAAGCCUGCCCCUCCUCCUGCCUACAACCGUCGUGCCGACGACGGCAGACUCAUUUAA